AUGGACCUGCUGCUGCUCCCCGGGCUGCUGCUCCUGCCCCUGGCAGCGCUGCUGCUCUACAGGUGCAGCCCCCACUUCCAGUUCCUCUGCAAGGUGUUCUUUUUCAACUGCUGGAUCGUGGCCUUGGCCACCCUGCUGUCCCCCUUGGCCGCCUUCCGGGGACGCUCCGUGGAGAACAUGAGGCUCCUGCGGGCAGCUCUCCUGCCCCUCAAGCGCUUCUACGGCAUCAGGAUGCAGGUGAGGGGCUCGGAGCGGCUGCGGCUGCCGGGGCCCUUCGUGAUCGUCUGCAACCACCAGGCUUCCCUCGACCUCAUGGGAAUGGUGGAGGUGAUCCCCGAGCGCUGCGUGCCCAUCGCCAAGCGGGAGCUGCUCUACCUGGGCACGGUGGGCUGGGCCUGCUGGCUCAGUGGCAUCAUCUUCAUCGAGCGCCAGCGCAGGGACGCGGCCAUCGAGGUCAUCUCCCGCACCGCCAGCGCCAUGCGGCGAGACAACCUCCGUGUGUGGGUUUUCCCAGAAGGCACCAGGAACCUGGGCAAAUCCAUGCUGCCCUUCAAGCGUGGCGCUUUCCACCUGGCUGUGCAGGCCCAGGUUCCCAUUGUCCCCAUCGUGAUCUCCCCGUACUGGGACUUCUUCAGCCCCAAGGAGAAGAGAUUCACCUCUGGGACCUGCACCAUCCAAGUCCUCCCCAGAGUGGAAACACGGGGCCUGAGCCCAAAGGAUGUCCCCGAGCUGACCGAGAGUAUCCGCCAGGCCAUGGCCGAUGCCCUGGCCGAGAUGUCCAUGAGUGACCACGGGGACCAGGACAUGAAGCAGCCUCUGCUGGGACCAGGGGAGGACAGGGACAGCCCCCAGGGCCAGGGGGAGACAGCCAGGAGCAGAAAAUAG